GUCACGAAUUAAACUGAGGUGAAGAGAUUUAAACGCGUUCAUUUUUGGUAGCAGUCGUAGUUUUGGUAUUUGCGAUCUGUCGAUAUAAAUUAAAUUAAUUAUUCAUGUUGCUUCGGAAAAAAACGUGAAAUUCAAUUAGGCGGGGAAUAGGUAUGGCUGCUGUUCAUCCCCAGCCGCCCCAAGAAUCUUUACCUCCUGGUUGGGAAUGUCGAUAUGAUCCAAGAACUGGUAGACAUUAUUUUUUGAACCAUCUGGAACAUAUAACAACAUGGGAAGAUCCUAGGUUGAGACCAUCUCCUGUUCAGCAGGCCUAUCCUCCAUUCUAUGGUUCUGGUAGCUACUCUAUUACGCUUACUUCUCCUCCUCCACCACCUCCUCCUAGCUCACCCCCCACCAACAAUCAAAUGACAAAUGUGAGAUACAUUGAUGAAGAACUUUCAUCAUCUGGCGUUGGAAGCAAUUAUUACACUCCUCGUCAAUAUUCUCAGGGAGGGUAUUCUCCAAAUUAUGGAAGUCCUAAAACACCGUAUCGAUUUAAGCAAGAAAACUCUGUUGAGGUAGAUGAGCAGAUCUUGAUGAAACUGUGUGUGCAAUUUCCAACAGUUGAUGAAGGACAUAUAUGGAAGCUUCUGAAACAAUACCAUAACAGAGAAAAUGUGGUGGUGAGUGCUUUAUUAGCUGAAGGACAACCCAGGGCGCAGACGUUCUCGGUUGAAACAACACCCAAAUUGCAAAAGAAUGAAGUUCAGGUGUUCCAAGUCGAUGAGGCUCUCUUUCACAAACUGCGGAAUUUUUUCCCUGCAGCUGAUCCUGAGCAUAUUCGGAACUUACAACGGAUGUACCAUAAUCAAGAGCAUGAAGUUAUUGGAGCUUUAGUCUCUGGCAACAGAGGCUACAACAGCCGUCUUCAAAGUCCUCACCCGAGUUCUCCUAAAAUGAAAUUACGAUACCUUAAACUUGUUUUCCCCGAGUGUGAUGAAGCUGUCCUUUUUGACGUACUGAAUAACUGUGACAAUAAUGCCCAAGAAGCAUCGACUCGUUUAGUUGGGAUGGGCUAUUCCAAGCGUGAUACACCAAUUACUCGUCCAAAUAAUAGCCAGCCAAUUCGUAAGCCAUCUCUUGAAAUUCCACGUCCCUCUCUGCCACCUGAACGUCCUAUAAUUGUCAUCCCACCUAGUGCGUCAGACAAACUACAAUUGGUUGGUCGACUGCAAGAGCAAUUCCCUGCUGUAUCUAGAACAUUAGUGAAUAUGGCUUUAGACAGUAGUAACUAUAAUGAAGAUCGUGCCAAACAGUUUCUUUCUGCCAUGACUCCUCAAGAUGGGUAAGGCCAUUAAAUUACUCAUUA